AUGGAUCCCAAGAAUGAUGCUUCCUCGCACGGAGCCGUAGUCGAUAUCGGCGGUAGCAACAUGUACGACGGCGUUGGCAAGCGAUUGCAAGAGGCCCUCACGGCUCCAUACUCUCCAACCUCCAAACCCACGCUGCCCGACGAAUUACUGUACGACGAUGUCGGGUUGCCGAUCUGGAAUCAGAUCAUCUUCACCCCUGAAUUUUACCAGACUCAUGACGAGAUUGCCUUGUUUGAUGAGCAUGGCGCUGAUGUUGUUGCACGAUGCCCAGCUGGUGUCACAAUUAUCGAUCUAGGAGCUGGUGACACUCGCAAGGUUGGCCACCUUCUCGCAGCCUUUGAAAAGGGCAAGGUUCCCGCCAAGUACCUCGCAUUGGACAUUUCCAGAUCGUCGCUGAAUCACAAUGUCAAAUACCUGGUGGAGCAGCAUCCGAGCCCUGAGUCUUCAGUGACCUGUGCUGGUAUCUGGGGUACCUUUGGCGAUGGCAUGAGCUAUAUCCAAAAGAUCUCGACACCACGUCUCUUCCUCUCGCUAGGUUCAGUGCUCUGCAACGAUCCUUGGCCUGAAGCACUUUCUCACCUGAAGUUCUGGGCCGAUGCCCUGCGAUCUGACGACCUGCUUCUAAUUGGAAUGGACGGUCACACUCUUCCCAACAACAAGGAGAAGAUCUGGAACGCCUACCACUCUUGCGAUAGCCUUUAUCACAAGUUCUUCUUGAAUGGCUUCAAGCAUGCCAACCGUCUGGCAGGUGAGGAAUGGUUUCGUGAGGAAGAUUGGGAACUCCUCGCACAAUUGGAGGAUGAGCCCACUACUCGUCAUCGCUUCUUCUUCCGGGCCAAGAAAGACGUGAAGCUUAAGAAGAUGAGCCGCAUCAUCCAAAAAGGCGAAGAGUUCGACUGGUUUGAUUCUCACAAGUACGGCGAAGACAACGUGCGCCUCAUGUGCUAUAAGGCAGGAUUGAGCGUAAUCGAUGUCUGGCAGGCCCCAGGAUCGGAGUUCCGACAAUAUCUCGUUCGCCGCAAGGACAGCAAGGACCAGCGAGACGACGCCGACAGUGCCGUCUCGGGAGUCAGUUACUAA